AUGGAGAAUGGAUUGAGAAACGCACCUCCUGCUAAUGGAAAACUUAUCACUAUUCUUAGCAUCGAUGGAGGUGGCAUUAGAGGGAUCAUUCCAGCCACAAUACUUGCCUUCCUCGAAUCACAGCUUCAGGAAUUGGAUGGAAAAGAUGCAAGACUUGCAGAUUACUUCGAUGUAGUUUCAGGAACAAGCACAGGUGGUCUUGUGACAGCCAUGUUAACAGCUCCAGACCAAAAAAACCGACCUCUAUAUGCAGCCAAAGAUAUUGUACCUUUCUAUAUGGAGCAUGGUCCUAAAAUAUUUCCACAACAUAGGGGUGCAUGGGGAUCCAUCGUGAAGACGAUGAAAAUGAUAAUUGGACCAAAGUACAAUGGGAUUUAUCUUCAGAAGCUUAUAAAGGAGAAACUGGGAAACACCCGUUUGAACGAAACUUUAACCAGUGUAGUCCUUCCUACAUUUGACAUAAAACGUCUGCAACCUAUCAUGUUCUCAACUUAUGAGGCGGAUGUUAAUCCAUGUUACAAUGCAAAAUUAUCAGAUAUAUGCAUCUCCACAUCCGCGGCUCCGACGUAUUUUCCUCCACAUUACUUUAAAAACGACAAUGAAGAUGGACGAAACAGUGAAGAAUUUAACCUUGUUGAUGGUGGUGUCGCUGCUAAUAAUCCGGCCCUUGUUGCAAUAAGCCAAGUUACGAAACAAGUAUUCAGCGAAAAUACAGACUUCUUCCCUGUUAAGCCUAUGGAUUAUGGCCGAUUCCUUUUGAUCUCAUUAGGAACUGGUGCAUCAAAGGAAGCGAACCGAUACAAUGCUAAGAUGGCAUCCAAAUGGGGCAUAUUAGGUUGGUUGGUCCAUAAUGGUUUCACCCCAAUUAUUGACGUGUUCACUCAAGCAAGUGGAGAUAUGGUAGAUGGUCAUCUUUCUGUGUUCUUUCAAGCAGUUAAAUCCCAAGAAAAUUACAUUCGAAUCCAAGAUGAUACAUUAGAUGGAGAUGAGGCUUUAGUGGAUGUUGUGACGAAAGAGAACAUGGUGAAACUUGAGGAAAUCGGUGAAAAACUAUUAAAGAAGCCAAGUUCAAGGAUAAAUCUAAAGACUGGAAUCUCUGAGCCAAUAGGAACUGGCGAAACCAAUGCCGAAGCUCUCAAAAGAUUUGCAAAAUUACUUUCAGAGGAAAAGAAGCUGCGAGAGUCGUCUAUAUAA